GACGCUUUAAGCGAUGUAAGUUACAGAGACGCUCCGGAGCGGUCUCGAGCGUAGAUUAGUCGUAAUCUGGGUACAUUGCACUCUGCAGUGUCCUCGGUCUCCAUUCUCUCUCUCUUUCUCCCGCUCAUUGUCUCUCCUCGUGUUCCUCCUCUUUCUCUGUCUCCUCUGUUAAUAAACGUCUCUCUCUGUCUCUCGCCUUCUCUCUGUCAGCGCGCUCUCCACACACCACAUCCUCUCCGACGCCGACUGGUCGUACAUUCUCAUACUCGAACAUCGACAUCGACGUGUGCUUCGUGUACUCGGCUUGGGUAGUCGCUACGUCGUUCGUUUGAUUAUUUCUCGACUACUUCGACAGUCUGCGUCCAGAGAGAGAAAGAGAGAAAGAGAGACAGCGGUAGGUCCUCGCCCUCGUUGUUGUUGCAGCCGCGGAGUUAGCGUCCCUGACGAUCGCGACGACGACGUUGCAUCGAUAGCAGCGGAUUCAUGGGAGAUCUCCCGGUCUGCGUCACUUCGAUACCGGAAUCAUAAUUCUCCCGACGUAGUCCCGUAGCCUAUUUCGAGUUAUGAAUUGGAAAACUGACGGCGUUACGCCAAGGGAAUAUGGUUUGAUCGUGAACAGUGGAAGGUCCAGACGGAAAACCACGAGUAUCGCUCGAGUAAAGUCGUCGGCGCUUUCGACGUGCGACAUUUUGCAACUUUUUGUAUGUAUAAGAGUUCACGAAAGGCGUGAUUCACGAGAACGCGUAGAGAAGAGCGCAACUACUUCGUGUUCGUCCUAGAGAACGCAAACGAGUGGAGUCGCAAUCUCGACAUUAGCCGCGAUAACUAUAGCGACGCGCCGCGAUAUCGAACAAACCGCGCGCAUACGGAUUCAUUAUUGAGAAGUUCGCUCGUCGUGAAGAAGGAUGUCGGAGAAGAAGCAGCGUACGUCUGAGGAGAAGCAGAAUAAAGAGAGCAAGAAGGCGGUCGAGAGGGUGGUCGCUGUGGGAAGACCACGCGGGAUCGUGUUCAAGAAUGAAGUGCUCGCUGAUAAUAUCCGCAAGGAGACAAACCUCCACGAGAAAAUCUCGCAACGAUUGUGGCCGCGCAAAUACGAGCACCUGACCGGGCAAUUUUUCAACGAGGUGCUGAUGGAAGAAUGCAGAAAAGCGGGACUUCCGUUGGGCACUUUCAAGCGUGACCCGCCGGAAGACGCGGUCGAACGUUCACCGAUUCCCUUGAAAGCCUCGCCGGCUGUCCCCAGCACGUCAUCCGCGGCCAUCGGCCACCGUUCGUCGCGCGUGGAACACAACCUGGAGUUCAUGGGUCGUUUGUACGUCUCGCCUAGACAUACGAUCGAACCACCUAUGGACGACCCGGAAUUGCAAUGCGCCAUGCAACAACAGAAGUACAUUUUCCUGGGUUGAGAAAUCGAUUAUCUAUGAAGAAGAAGGAGGGGAAGUCAUUCGCGUUUACAUUGUGAUCUCGUUAUUUCACUGAUGACGCGUCUUAUUCUUCAGUUGUAUCUCUUAUAUUAUUCGUGCUUUUCAAAUAAAACGAGUACAUCUGCACGCGUUUCGAGAAAAGAUCGGAAAGAACAUUUUGUCUCAAGUAUGUGUCUUAUACAUAUUUGAGUAUCAAAUAUCGUAAAAAAGUAACUUCUAUAGAAAGUACAUAUAUUAUACAAGAGAUUUCAUGUACAAAAUAUUAUGUGCACGAAUCUAAUGUUAAAGGAUCUCUUACCUUUUGGCCCCAAAAAUAUGUUAUUCUCAGUAAAUCUUUUUUUUUUUUGAAAAAAAUUCAUUAAGCGCCUUUUACUCAAAAGCAUGUAUACAAAAUCGACGUGUCUUCAAAAAUUCCUCACAAAAAUUAAAAAAAAAAUUCCUGAAUAUAGUCUAUUUUGUUGGCCGCCCACAUAUAACAGAUUAAAGGUAUAAGGUGAAAACCGUUCAAUAGUUUACCAUAUGAUCAUGUAUGCAAUGUUUACGUGCCAAAGAACUUCUACUUCAGCGUGGGUGGUAACGUCAACAAGAUUGGAUUCACCUCGACCGCAACCAAUUUCUCGUUUAGCUAAUUUAAGUAGACAAGAUGCUGCAAUCAACAAAAUCAUAGUAAUAUUUUCUCUUCCUUGCUUGCCAAUUAAUUGCCGCGAAUGACAUUUUUUUAAUUAACUAACAUUUUCACUUUGUACUUCUCCACAAGGAAUGCGUUCUGAGCUUUCCAUAUCAACAACGAAUUGCUGUUCUUUUCGUCUCUUAGAUCUUCGUCUUCGUUCGGAGGCUCGAUGUUCUUAUUGAUAACAUACAUGCCGUUCUGCAUAAUGAUGCUGUUCCCAUUGUGAAUCAAAUGUUACGUUCAUUGGGAACUGACAUGCUGACUACUGCCUCGACAGACUCCUCUGCAUAGUGUUUGAGAACUGUGUAUAUCUGUUCGGUAUACUGUAUACUCGCUAGGAUCUGAAAUUUUAUAUUUUAUUUAUAUUUAUAUUUUAUUAGUUUGUUUACGAUUAAGGCGAGUCUCGUUGAAAUGGAAAGACGAACUACAUCGAUGAUGACAAGAGUUAACUUUGUCAAUUUUAACUUAAGUUUUUUGAAAUUUGACAUUACUUGCAAUAUAGAGAUGAUAAACAUAAGGUUUCGUAGAACCUCUAUCGACGGAAGACUAAAUAAUGAGAUUAUAGAGGCAAUUACGCGUAACAUCGUGUAAAAAUGAAGCUGCGGUAACGCGUAAUACGACUUUUUCUUUCAUCGUUUGACCAAUUAGCGUUGUAUACAUGUUUUACGACCGCACAUUAUUUGGUUCAUAGCUGUUAUUUUAACGUUGUAUAAUGCGCAAUGUCGUAUUCACAAUGCAUCGUGUAUCGCAUAAUUUAAAUCGUCGAGGUACAUAUACAUCCACGAUUUCCAAUUCUCUUCUUCCAGUCUCUCACCUUGUGAUCGGAAUACACUAUGAUCAGAUUCAGUGUCUCCUGCAUUGUCAUUGCCGUCAGUGGACAGCUGUACUUGGGCAAUUGCCAUGCUUUUAGCGACUCGAGUGUGAAAUCUUCAUCUUGGAGUUCUUGUUGAUGGCGUAAGAAAUGAUGCCUUCCGUAUGAAUGUUGAUGCGUAAGAAAUGAAGUCAUCUUCUUCAUUCCUAAUUGCAACAACUUGAUGAACUCGUUCCUCAAUUGAUGAUCAACAUAGCUAGACCAACAAUUUCAGUGGGUCUUUAGUGGCUGAAUUCAGUUUCCAGAGCUCCAAAUGAC